AUGCCACAAUCCUCCUGCCUCUGCACCCACACCGCCAUAUCCUACGCCCCCACCCCCCUCCUAAAAUUCCGCUGCCACUGCCUCGACGAACGGAAACUAACCGGCGCAGCCUUCGCCCUGAACAUUCUGUACCCAGACACCUCCCUCACGGUCCUCCGGGGCGAACUAAAAACAUGGGCGAAGAGGGUGGAUAGUGGGAAUGAGAUGGUGAAUCAUAUGUGCGCGACCUGUGGCUCACUACUGUAUCGGUCGUCGAGCGGGUAUCCCGGGACGAUUGUGAUUAAGGCGGGGUGUGUGGAUGGGGUGGAUGCCGCCGAGGAGUUUGUGCCGGAUGUGGAGUUGUUUACGAGGUCGAGGGUGUCGUGGGUGAAGCCUGUGGAGGGGGCGAAGCAGGAGGUUGCUGAUUUUACGAGUUGA